GGAGCGCGGCGCCGGCGGGGGCCGGAGGGGGCGGCGCGGCGGACCUCGGUGGCCUCGGACGCUCCUCCUCGUGAGCGGCCGCCGCCCGCCUCCGCCUGCGCUAGCAGCUCCCGCGCCCCGGCCGGCACCCGCUGCCGCUCCAGGCAGCUCACCUGGGACGCGCUCACCUGGGACGCGGUGCUCGCCGCCGCCCGCACUUGGGCCAGGAUGAAGGACCGGCUGGAGCAGCUGAAGGCCAAGCAGCUGACUCAGGAAGAUGACACUGACGAGGUGGAGAUUGCUAUCGACAAUACAGCCUUCAUGGAUGAGUUCUUUUCUGAGAUUGAGGAAACUCGGCUCAACAUUGACAAGAUCUCAGAGAGUGUGGAGGAAGCGAAGAAGCUCUACAGUAUCAUUCUCUCUGCACCGAUUCCAGAGCCAAAAACCAAAGACGACCUUGAACAGCUCACAACUGAGAUCAAGAAAAGAGCCAACAAUGUCCGGAACAAGCUGAAGAGUAUGGAGAAGCAUAUUGAAGAAGAUGAGGUCCGAUCAUCAGCAGACCUUAGGAUCCGAAAGUCCCAGCAUUCCGUCCUCUCUCGGAAGUUUGUGGAGGUGAUGACAAAGUACAACGAGGCUCAGGUGGACUUCCGUGAACGCAGCAAAGGGCGCAUCCAGCGGCAGCUUGAAAUUACUGGCAAGAAGACAACCGAUGAGGAGCUGGAAGAGAUGCUGGAGAGUGGUAACCCUACCAUCUUCACUUCUGGGAUCAUCGACUCGCAGAUUUCUAAGCAAGCCCUCAGUGAGAUUGAGGGUCGACACAAGGAUAUCGUGAGGCUGGAGAGCAGCAUCAAGGAGCUCCACGACAUGUUUAUGGACAUCGCCAUGCUGGUGGAGAAUCAGGGUGAGAUGUUAGAUAACAUAGAGUUGAAUGUCAUGCACACCGUGGACCAUGUGGAGAAGGCACGGGAUGAAACUAAAAAAGCCAUGAAGUAUCAGGGUCAAGCUCGGAAGAAAUUGAUAAUUAUCAUUGUGGUAGUAGUUGUGUUGCUGAGCAUUUUAGCGUUGAUUAUUGGACUGUCCGUUGGGCUGAAGUAGGAGUGGCCUAAGGGGCUGCUGCACUGAAAUAACCUGAUUUCACUCCAGCUUGGCCUGACCACUCUUGUCUCCAGAUGGGAACGGAGUUCUAAUGGCCUUCCUGAGAACGAGGGGCACCUGUUCCUUUAUUUCCUUGUAGCCACCCUCGGACCUGGCUCAGCAAUCCACCCCUGGAAGAAUCUAACCUACCCGAUGCAGCCCUGAGUUCUCCUCAAAACCACCUCCCACCCUAGCAGCCGAUGGACCCUCCCUUCUGGACUGUGUGAAGCAACCCAGCUUUUCCUUCUUUCUGGUGUGUCUCUUACACCUUGCGCCUUGUAAAGUCCCAGGUGUGAGACCAGCCUGAGGCGCGGUAUUUCUACCUCAUGGAAUAUUCUCCUGGAAUAUACUUUGCAGGGGAGUAACCCACAAAAUAGAGGGGUUCGUCUAAGUCUGGCAGGAGUGUGGCUUGGAUCAGAGCCCCUAGCUGGCAGGAUGCCAGGCCUUAGUUUGUUGUCCUAUGUCCUGAAAAUAUGAGGGACUGACAGAUGCCAUUUUGAGCUUAUGACUUAUUUGAAAUCCACCCUUUAAUUAAGCUUGAAGUUCAGUUUGAUUUUUCUCUGUAUUCAUUCUUGUUUACUCAGAGGGACCAGGGUGAGAGUCCUCUGAAGCUACCAUUGGCAAAGACUGAAGUUAUGGAAUAUGCUUCCAUGUGUGAGUCUUGGACACUGGCUAGUCACUGUUAGAGAAUCGCUAUUUGUGAAGCCAUUACUUGGAGGCCAAGCAGAACCGAGGAUUUAUAACUGGGCCAGGGACAAGGUGCUAUAGUCUCAGGCUCUGGAAGUGUCCAGAGUGUACUUUUAUAACUGUAUGUGAGAGAUAUGUACAUAAUUGUCUGCCUCUCAGGAAGCAGGAAAACUCGAAUAUACUCUGAGCUCAAA